CCUCUCUUACCAACUUCAACCUAUUUCUUACCUCCCCACAUGCAAAAUCCACAAUGGGCGCAUCGGCAUCGAAAGCGCGCGCUAGCAGCAUGAACUUCCAAGUUUGGGAGGCUCUCCUACACACAGCUGAAACGCAAAAGCUUCAUCCCGUCACUCCCAAUCUGACAUUCGACGCGACAUCGUACGCCAUUUGGUCCCACAGCCAUUGGAGACUGACUCUCGAGAAUGCACCGCCUCCACAGGAUGCGCAAUUACAGCCCUGCUUUCUCUUGAAGAUCCCAGCAACACAGCCUCCGGACUUCUCUCAGAUCAUACAGCAAUUGGAAGAAGUCCAGGCCGAAGAUGACGUGACCAGCUUAAGCUUUCUGCAACAUGUUGUGGUCGCAUCUCAUGGCCGCGCGAGUCCGGAACUGGACGUCGGGGUUGCAGCCGCGCUGAACGCUCGAGGGCUACAGACUCUCACGCUUGCGACCUUGCAGAGUGGCUGUGACAUUGAAACUGGUCCUUACUUGCUGCAUGGUAACGACCUCUGGAAGUUGGCUAGACUAUACGAUGAUACAAAUGGUGCUUUCAUGGCCGCAAUUCAUCCAGGCCGAGAAGAAAACAGAUACGAGAAUUUGCGGCUGUGUAGCGAUCAAUACCAGACGCUUAGCGUUGCCAUACCGUCAAGAGCGAGUGCUCUCAAUCUGACGGAGCAUGGAUCGAACUUGCGACUGAGCGGUAUGAGAUUCGCAGUAAAAGACAUGUACUCCGUCGCUGGCUUGAAAACUUCACUCUGCAGCCGGCCGUACUAUGCAGUCUCUGAACGAGCGGAAGUGACCGCUCCAUGCAUCACGAGAUUGUUGAGCGAAGGUUGUACCCUGGUCGGGAUGCUGAAGUUGAGUUCCUUCAUUGGACGUGAAGAGCCGACUGAGGCCAUAGACUACCAAGCACCAUUCAACCCCCGCGGAGACGGCUAUCAAUCACCGGCUGGCAGUAGCAGCGGGAGUGCAGCGGGCCUUGCUUCUUACGGGUGGUUGGACUUCACCCUUGGAUCUGAUACUACGGGAAGCGGGCGCCGCCCAGCAUUUGUGAACGGCUUGUUCGCACUGCGCCUCUCUAAAGGGCGCCUGCCACUCGAAGGAAUGGUCCCUACUUUCGAUCGCUUCGACACGCAAUGCAUCUUCGCUCGCGAUAUUAACAAGCUGGAUACCAUACUUCAAGUGUGGCUCGACAAUUGCGACCUUGCAAAACCCAAGGCUAAUUUGCCGAAGAGACUUUUGUUUCCAGUAGACUUCUUCCCAGUCGAGAACGAAGUACAGAUGCAGCACGUGAAGAGCUUCGUCAAGGAUAUCAGCGACUAUUUGCAAGCAUCAGUCACGGAGAUCGACUUAUCACUGGCAUGGGAAAUUUCGCACCCAAAAACCGUGGAUGAAGGUUCAUUAGAUUGCUAUUUGAGCGAGGUCUCCACCAGAACUUUCUUGUAUGACUUCUAUCAUAGCUUCGACAAAUUCCGUGAAACGUAUAGGCGCGAGUUCCAGAAGGAACCUUACGCAAAUGCAUACACACAAUGGAGAUGGGAUGUCGCCAAAUCAGUAACGAGAGAAGAGAACGAAGAUGCGGUGACCCGCCUCAACACGUACAGGGACUGGCUACUCUCUGAGGUGUUCCAAGCAGACAGAUAUGAAACCUUGAUGAUACUGCCAGUCUCUGAAGUUGCAACAAACUACAGAGAUCGGAAGACAGAGCCGCCCAGUAAGCAGAACGCCUUCGAUGCGCUGUAUAUCUCACCCACUAUCGAGGCUCCCGAGAUCGUCGUUCCAAUUGCAGAAUUCCCGUAUGCAUCUCGAGUGAGUGGGCGCGAGGAGAAGCUCCCGAUUGCAAUAUCGGUAGUAGGAAAUCCUGGUACUGACUUAGCACUCGUUGGUCUUAUGAGGGAUUUCUUGAAAGCCUCCAACAGACCUAUGCGCGUUUCCACUGGAUCGUCGAUGUUCGAUAGUACCUAGGCAGCAGCCCCUAGAAGCCUGCAAGGCUGGAAUGCCGAAAGAGGCUCUAUGGAUAAGAAGCUGGGAGUCUGCGUCGUGCGUCUGAAAUAUCUUCUUUAUUACUCCAUUUGCCGUGUUGUGCAAGCAGAUUUGU